AAUAUUAUCAAUAAGAACACAGUGAACCGCGGAAAUGGGAAAUAUCUGAACUAUCUUACCCAAAAUAAAGAAAUAAAAUUUUGAAGAGAGAAAAAAAAUUGUUAAAAUCAUCCGAACUAGAAACGAAAGAAGAAAAAUGAGUACGGCCACUAUAGGAUUAUUGAGCUCGGCGGCAACCGCCGCGUCUUCCUUCACCCGCUCCGGCGCCGGUUAUGCUUCACCUGAUCAUCCCACCAUUUUCGGACCCAUGAAUUGUUCUUCCUCUUCUUCUUCCUCUCUAUCGCUCUCAUUUUUGCCUCCCAAAAUUGCUUCUCCUAUUACCAACAGAAGAAGAAGAAGAAGUGUUAGUUGUGAAGUCGCUAUCAAAUCGGACUCAACGACGUCGUCUUCUUCUUCCGAUUUGUCGGCUUCGUCGUCGUCUCUUUCUGAAGAAGACGCCGCCGGAGUAGCUAAGGUUGGAGCGAGGGUUAGGGUUAAGGUGCCAUUAAAGGUUUAUCAUGUUCCAAAAGUUCCGGAGAUAGAUCUUAUGGGAAUGGAAGGGGAAAUAAAGCAGUAUGUUGCGAUUUGGAAGGGGAAGCAAAUCUCAGCUAAUCUACCUUACAAGGUUCAGUUCGUCACUGAAGUCGAAGGUCGUGGCGCUGUUAAGCUCUUGGCUCAUCUCAAGGAAGAUGAAUUUGAGUACGUUUAGGUUUUCUUCUCCUUCAACUCCCAUGGCUUCCGCACCAGGCAAAUAUCUGUUCUUUACUCUUUGUUUUCUACUCUCUCUAUGGUGAAAAUAAAAACUUGAAUACAUUAUUGCCCAAGAGCUGAGUUCCCAAUACAGUAUUGUAUGUAAAUCACUUUGAUUCUGAUGUUAUUACUUUUGAUGUAAUUGAUAUAUUAUUCUGGCUAUACUGUUGUUAUUGCCAUUAGAUUGUGGAAUAUAUGCUCGUUUUUGGGUUA